UAAAUUAUAGUAAACAAGCAUUAAUUUUGCUCGAUAUAUAGGUGAUCAUUUGUUUUAUAUUCUAACAAUGUUGGGAUUCUUCAAAGUAAAUAGAUUCUUUAUACUUCAUUGGGUUGGAAAACGCAAUCUAUCAUCCAUAAAUAUCAAAGAUGAUCAGACAUACAUUAUAUCGGCUGCACGUACACCAAUCGGAUGUUUUCGUUCUAAACUUGUUAAAUUUACAGCUCCACAAUUAGGAGCAAUAGCUGUUCGAGGUGCAAUUGAACGAUCGGCCAAUAUCACAAAAGAUUUAAUCGAAGAAGUAAUCAUGGGCAAUGUACGGCAAGCUGGUGUCGGUCAAGCACCUGCUCGACAAGCAGCAUUAGGAGCCGGCUUACCAGUGACUGUAUCAACAACUUCAUUGAAUAAAGCCUGUGCAUCUGGAAUGAAAUCAUAUCAGGUAAUGGCGCAAGCUAUCCAAUGUGGUCAAAUCGAUAUUGGUGUUGCUGGUGGGCAAGAAAGUUUCUCAAAUGUACCGUUUUUUCUACCUCGUGGUGAUUUACCAUAUGGUGGUAUCAAAUUUAUUGAUGGAUUACAAUUUGGCUUUACCGAUGUUUAUUAUAAAAAAUUAAUGGGAGCAUGUGCUGAACAUACAGCAAAAAAUAUGAACAUAUCUCGUGCCGAACAAGAUGAUUAUGCGAAACGUAGUUAUGAGCUAAGUGCUAAAUGGGCGGCUAAAGUAACCGAACUGGAAAUCGUACCAGUCGAUAUUCCUGCAACGAAAAAAAUACCAGCUCAUAAAUUCAUCGAAGAUGAAGAAUAUCGACGUGUAGAUUUUACUAAAUUUUCUAAAUUGAAACCGGUAUUUGAACCGGAGAAUGGAACAAUAACAGCUGCCAAUGCUAGUAAAAUCAAUGAUGGUGCAUCAGCUGCUGUUUUAGCAUCCGGUCGUGCCGUUCGAAAAUAUGAUCUCAAACCUUUGGCCAAGAUUAUUGGAUUCGCCGAUUCAGCUGUCGAUCCAAUCGACUUUUCUAUUGCUCCAGCUUUUGCAAUUCCAAAAUUACUUGAAAUGACGGGUUAUAAACAAGAUGAUAUUCAUCUAUGGGAAAUUAACGAAGCUUUCAGUGCUGUAGUUUUGGCUAAUCUCCGAUUACUUAAACUUGACAUUUCUAAAGUAAACAUUCGUGGUGGUGCUGUUAGCCUAGGCCAUCCGGUAGGAAUGUCCGGUUCACGUAUUGUUAAUCAUUUAGCUCUACAUUUGGAACCAGGACAAUUGGGUGUGGCAGCCAUAUGUAAUGCAGGAGGAGGUGCAUCCGCAUUAAUGCUUGAAAAGAUGUAAAAUUUAAUUUUCUUUGCAUAAUUAUAAAAAUGUUAUCUAUAGAAUAAAAAUGUUAAACUUUGUUAAAAUA